CCGUCUGCGCUGACUCGAUGGUGGCGCAGCGGAGGGAGCGGGAUGGGGGAGAGCUCGAGCCCCAUCAGCGUCAUCCUGGUCAGCUCCGGCAGCCGCGGGAACAAGCUGCUCUUCCGCUUCCCCUUCCAGCGGGGGCCCGAGAGCCCCGCCGCUCAGGCCGGUGAGGGAACCGCGGGCCCACCGCUGGGCGCCCCAGGCCCAGCUAGGCCAGGCUCCACCUCCCUGGCGGUGGGGAAACCCAGAAGCCGGUAUGCUGUGAACAGUGUGGGUGACAGUGUGGAAGACCAGGAUGGAGACUCCAGGUUUUCAGAUGUCAUCCUGGCCACCAUCCUGGCUACCAAAUCCGACAUGUGUGGCAAAAAGUUUGAGCUGAAGAUUGACAAUGUCCGCUUUGUGGGACACCCAACUCUGCUGCAGCACGCCUUUGGGCAGAUCUCCAAGACAGACCCCUCCCCAAAAAGGGAGAUGCCCACCAUGAUCCUCUUCAACGUUGUGUUUGCCUUGAGGGCUACUGCGGAUCCCUCGGUGAUCAACUGCCUGCACAACCUCUCCCGCCGCAUCGCCAUCGUCCUGCAGCAUGAGGAGCGCCGCUGCCAGUACCUCACCCGAGAGGCCAAACUCAUCCUGGCCAUCCAAGACGAGGUGUCCGCCAUGUCGGAAGCCACAGACGGCCCCCAGUCUCCGUUCCUCCACAUCCUCCCCAAGUGCAAGCUGGCAAGAGACCUCAAGGAAGCCUAUGACAGUCUCUGCACAACUGGGGUGGUGCGGCUGCACAUCAACAACUGGCUGGAGGUGAGCUUCUGCCUGCCCCACAAGAUCCACAGGGUCGCCUCCCGUUCCAUUCCCCCGGAAGCCAUUGAAAGGAGUCUGAAAGCCAUUCGGCCAUACCACGCUUUGCUGCUGCUCAGGGAUGAGAAGAGCCUCCUUGCUGAGCUGCCCCUGGACUGCUCCCCCGCCUUGGUGCGCGUCAUCAGAACCACCUCUGCAGUCAAGAACCUGCAGCAGCUGGCCCAGGAUGCUGACCUUGCCCUGCUCCAGGUCUUCCAGCUGGCAGCACACCUGGUGUACUGGGGCAAAGCCCUCAUCAUCUACCCUCUGUGUGAGAACAACGUCUACAUGCUCUCCCCCAAUGCCAGCGUCUGCCUUUAUUCCCCUUUGUCGGAUGAAUUUUCCUGCCAGUUUCCUGGUCACGAUCUUCCUUCAGUCUUGUCCAAAUUCUCCUUGCCGGUGUUUUUGUCGGAAUUCAAGGACCCUCUGGCUCCGCCAAUGCAGGAGACACAGCUGAUCCAAAUGGUGGUUUGGAUGCUGCAGCACCGACUCCUGAUCCAGCUCCACACGUAUGCCUGCUUGAUGGUGCCCCCCAAGGAAGAGGACAUCCGUCUCAAGACAGAGGAGGUGUCCUUCGCUGCAAGAGUUGGGGGCCGCAGCCUCAGCACCCCCAACGCCCUCAGUUUUGGAUCGCCAACCAGCAGUGACGACCUGACUCUCACUAGCCCCAGCAUGGAGAAUUCCAGCGCCGAGCUACUCCCAGGGGGAGACUCCCCAGUCAACAAGCGCAUGACGGAGAAUCUGUUGACAAGCCUCUCAGAACAUGAGCAGGAAGCCAUUCUCAGCGUCCCAGCAGCCCACAACCCUGAGGACCUCCGCAUGUUUGCAAGGCUGCUGCACUACUUCCGAGGGCGACACCACCUGGAGGAAAUCAUGUACAACGAAAACAUGCGCCGCUCUCACCUGCUCAUGCUCUUUGAUAAGUUCCGCAGUGUGCUGGUGGUGACCAAUCACGAGGACCCUGUCAUCUCUGUCUUCCAGUCCCUCCAGAAGUGAGAAAGAUCUGCAACUUUGGAGCUCACUGUAGGACCCGGGUGUGUGUGUGUGUCCCGGUGACUGGACUCAGAGCCUCGCUCUGUUGCUGCCGCCCCCCAACAAUGCUUUGUUUUGUGGGAGUUGGAUUCCUGGCCCUCUUAACUGGGGAGCCAAAGGGGAAGGGGCCGCCCACUCUUGCCAUGGCGGGGGGCUGGUGUUGUGCCAAACGAGGAGCUGGCUCUGCCCUCUGCACUGGGCUGGGGCCACUAGUUUUGCUGAGAGGCCUGUCCUUGGUCAGUGGAAGAGACAGUGUCAGGAAUGAAACCAUGUCAGGUGAAUGUGAUUGUUCCACUCAAAAAAUAUUCCAGCAAAA